AUGCUUCAUGAGUGGAUGAAUUUGAAUGAAACGAUGAUCGAUGAGAUGAAGAGCGGUAGAUGGACGAAGACUGUUGAUAAGUUAAUGAAAAGUGGUAAACACAUAUGGACAGCUGAUGAUCUCUUACCAGCCUUCACCUAUGUCGUUGUACGUUCACAGAUACGUCAUCUGGGCACUGAAAUUCUGUUAAUUGACAACUUCAGUCGAGAUUUUCGUGGUUCAGGCGAAAUAUCCAUGAUGUUUACUAUGUUGCAAAGCAGUUAUCACAUCAUUUGUAAUGAAAAAAAUAGAAUUUAA